UUUUCCAAACUUGUGCAAUUUUUCUUCUUUUUCAAUUUUCUCAUGAAGCUUUUUCUACCUCUCCCCUAAUCUGUUUUCUUCCUCAUUUCUCUUACAUGGACACGAAGCAGCUAUAGCGUGGGGCCAGAGCUGAUGCAGCGCUGGGUCGACGGCUGAUUUUGUGACCUCAGUAUUCCUAAACUAACGUGUUCGACAACGGCAAUUCAUUAUAUCUUACACCUCUACCUGAAAUUUUAGGCUUCUCUUGUUGAUUUGGUUCCAAUCAAGGUUUUCUGGGAUGGAGAAGGCUAAGGAUGGAGAGGGAAGUUGGGGAAGUCCAGACGCAAGGCCUUCCUUCUACCAAAUCAUGUGGUUUGCAAAUCUGAAAGAGUUGCAAAUUCCGACCAAGUUUUUCGACGGACACUUGGCAACCGAGGAAACUGAAACGGUGGCCCUGAGGAGUCCCUGUGGGAGUUGGGACACGAAGCUGGAGCAUAGAGACGGCUGCGUCUAUCUCAUCCAAGGAUGGCCACAUUUCGUCGAAAGUCACGACUUAGGCAGAGCAGAGUGGGCACACUUCCUAUACAGUGGUCGGAUGUCUUUUGAUGUGAAGAUCUAUGGCAGCAAUGGGUGGCUCAAGAAAUAUGAUCAGCCAGCCGCCUCCGCGCCUCCUUUCGCCUCAUCUUUCCCUUUCUUCAGGCGCGAGAUUAAAGGCUACAAUGUUGGCCACAAAUGCACACUGGUGAUUCCAAACUACUUUUCGAGAAGGCAUAUGUCUUUGUCUAAAGAGCCAAUGGUGCUGAUGGACACUGAUGGGGUUUCUUGGCCAGUCACUAUUGUCGUCACGAGUGGCAAUCAUCUUGCUAUGAGUGGAGGAUGGAAGGCCCUCGCAGAUGCUCAUUCCAUCAAGAAAGGUGACGUCUGCAUUUUCGAGCUGGUUGAGAAGAGAGUGAUGCAAUUCCACAUUCUCAGAUGAAAGAAUGUAACUAGCAUCUUUUGAAUUUUCCAUAGA